AUGAUCGACUGGUCCUUCUACCAGGGCACUAGCAACGGGGUUGAAGUCAGGCACAUAAGGGACAUCGCAUCCUUGAGCUACGGAGAGGAAUCGGAACCUGCAACCUACCUCCCUUUGACUACCUGCACAAAGCUGCUUAGCUGCUUGACCUUUUCACUCUGGCUGCCCUAUUCAUCGCCCGAAGCACCUCGACAGGGGCAAAACUAUUGCACUACGAAUGAAUCACUCAGUGUCUGGCUCGACGACAAGAAGCAUUCCAUCGAAGACCAUAUUUUCGAAUGCACUCUCAGAUUCAUCAAUGACAGAGUCAUCUGGGGGCCCGCCUCAUGCCACGACAACACGAUUUCUCUGGGAGAAGCCAUCUCUAUGGCGGAUAGCCGCUUCAAGAUGUCAUUUACCAAGAAGGGCAAGACAGUCGAAGGUCACACACGCUCUAUCAGCAAGGUUUGGGCUAUAUUGAAUGGAGGAAAAUACGAAUAUGUAGCUAAGGUACCUUUAAGAACACAUUCAUGCGCCUCGCAGGAGAGUGCCAGCACCCCAAGAAUCAGUGGAAACGUUCGCUGUAGAAGAAAGCUCACUGCCGGCCUGCAGAUGGCCCUGUCAAGGGACUACAUCGACGGGGAUGGCCCCUUUCGAGAAGUUCGCCGCCCGAUAGACUCGGGAGCUGCACUUCAUCUGGAAGCAGCCCCCGCGAGAUCCGAGGGAAGGAGAAGGAGAAGGACGCCGGUCCUGAGAAGAAUGCCCCCAACGCCCAACAAGGUGGGUGGACCGGCCGGUGCCGCCUCCAACAAGAUCAAGAUCCGAGGCUGCAAACUCGGGCAGCCGAGAGCCCGGCUUGUUAGUGGCGGCUCACACAAAGACACAAAGAAAAGGCGAAGGACAAGAACUGAUGACACGAGAUAG